UGACAGGAAGCGUAAUGUAAACAGUGGAGAAAACAACAACACCGCCAGGCUCGCAGCUCCUCUGCUGUGUCGGGAGAGUUUGGGUUGUUUUGAACUCAAACGGACCUUCGUAAAUUUCGGAACUUUGAGUUUGUGUCUUUUAAGCUUUUUGUUUUCUCUUCGUUUCUGCGCUUUUAGCUGAGUGGAGCUAACGUGAGCUAGCUGCCAACACGUUAGCUCGAGCGAGAUGGAUGAUAACAAGAUGGUGGCUUGCAAAAUAAAGAAACCAGGAAAACGAGGCCGCAAACCCGCAAAGAUUGACCUGAAGGCCAAACUGGAACGGAGCCGACAGAGCGCCAGAGAGUGCCGCGCCAGGAAGAAGCUGCGCUACCAGUACCUGGAGGAACUGGUUUCCAGUAAGGAGAGAGCCAUCUGCGCCCUGCGAGAGGAGCUGGAGAUGUACAAGCAGUGGUGCUCAGCCAUGGAUCAGGGGAAGAUCCCGUCCGAGAUCAAAGCUCUGCUGACUGGAGAUGAUCAGAAGAUGCCUCAAGGCGGCAGCGGCACCAAGACAUCCAAGAACAGCAAGAAUAGCAGCAUCAGCAACGGCCAGAGUUAGACCGCACUGCUCGUCUUCCUCACGCUUCCCACAUUUCAGCUUCUGUAGAUCUGUUUUAGUAAGUCCAUCAGCAUUGAUGUGACCUGUAAACAAGCACAGAUAAACAUUUAGCUUCACAUCAGGAGGUUAAACGGAUCAUCUGACUGUUCACAGGUCACAUGACUGACCUGGAUGUUGGGUCUGCAGGACUUCCUGUGGUAGCAUUAAAGAUCUGAGAGCUGGUCCUGGAUCAGCUGUUCAGUCUGGUUUUUACACCAGCUCAAAGUGUUUGUGAAUGUGUGUGUGUCUCUUCAUGUCUGCGGUGUGUUAAAAAAAGAUGGUGAGGAUGAAAAAUCCUGAAAACAUCUGAUUUCAUAAAAACUUUUUCAGAUGAAAAGUUUGUGCACUUUCUCCGAUGUAACGAAGCACUUUGUGAAACGAUUGUUGGUGUUUGUAGCUUAAACUGAAUUUAUCUCAAAACAAAUAAAACUCUGAAGUCAUCA